AGGCGAGGUAGCUGGGGGUAAGCACACAGAUAGAAAGCUUUAGAAAGCAGCUUCUGCACUGUAUUUUGAAUGAACUGUCUUUUAUCCAAACAGUCUUGCUGUAGUAGUAGGGAUUGAUAGCUGUCUCUUUGUGCAUCGCAUCUGUGGAUGGCAGGAUUUUCUUUUAAUAGAAUAAAAUAAAUGUAAAUGUCCGCUGUAGGGGAGCUGAGGGAGAUAGACGAGCUGCUUAAAGUUACUCAAUACAUCAGCAUAGGAGUCAGGAGUAACACUCAGACUUUGCUUUUCAAGAUUUUUUUUUUGUGUGCUAUACGAUACCUUUUCUUUUUUUCCCCUCAGCUGUUCAGGAAUUUAAGGUAUUCUAAGAAUAGAGGUAAGUUAGAAGCGUGGUGGUUGCUGAGCAGGUGUUUAUUGUCUACUGCAUGACUAAUUAACCUGCUAGUGUAAUGGUGGUGAUGAUCACAACAGGAAUUGCAUCUGGGUGCCCAAGUGCAGCCAGCUGUGAUAGUGCUGACAGUAAGGGCGCCCUGCCUGAGCUCUGCUGAGGAGGAGCUGCACUCACUGCUUUCUUGUAUCCUCAGGAGCUUUACCUGUGUGCUACUGAAAGGUCAUGUCAUUAUUGCAGGGGAUCAAUAUCCAGCGUGCUGUUAGUGAACAGCUGCCAUCUAAGUAAAGAAUAAGGAACAGGCUUUUGUUUACUAGUUAGUAAAUUGAGUAACUCUUGGCUUGGACAAUUGAUAGGAAAUGUAGCUCAAGGUCUUGAAGGAAAAACAAAACCCAAACCCUUACCUGUACACACGUCAGGGGUACAGCAGUGUAACUGUUAUCUGAGUCUAAAAAGGUUAGAUUUUCAUUAUUUAGCUUUGAAAUGUAGUUAUUGACUGAUGGGAAAAAUAAGAGACUGUUGCUCUUUAAAAGAAAGCAUGACUUGCUAGGAUAUAACUUCUGUAGCUAAUUUAUUUUGUUAUUUUUUGCUUAGCUCCUGCUUGUACUGCUUCUAUCUCUGUAGAACAUGAGACAGAAGAACCACAUGUCAGUUGAGCUGGUUUAUUACCCCACUCGCUAUUAAGUGUAUUACAGUUGAUGGUUGCAAAGUACAGUCUUGCGUUUUGUUUGUCAGCGAGUCUUUCACAGAUGAUCCUCAGGCUUGGAUGCUCUCUAGACUUCCUCAAAUCCAGAUUGCUCUGGAUUCCCAUUCGUGUUGGUGAGAAUUAGCUAUGGGUUUUUCCGUGUCUCUAGAUUUCUCAGCAGAGACCAUCUGAGUAGGAAAAGGCACAACCACUGUUGAUUUCCAACGAUGUGUGUGCACUGAUUUAGUAUUUUUAAGGACACCACAAACAUUUGAACUCAGAGUAGUCAAAACCUGUUCUGGUAAACGUGCACAGAGUUCAAAGGUGUAUCCUACUGUCAUUUCUGCUUCUCUUUAUGUGAAUUUGCACUCUCGAGCCUCUAUCUCUAAGUGCUGUUUUAGUAUUUUUUGGGGACCUUUUCCCUUAAAGAGCCUGAGAGCCUAUGGAGCUCGCUUUCUAUGACUCAUUCAUUUUUUUUCUAGUUGUGAAUUUUCUUCUAAUGCUGCCAACUUCAGCUGGUCUCACAUUCAAAACAUUUGCUUUAGCUGUAAAGCAUAGAUAGCCCUUUGUAUGCUGAAAUGUCUCACCUUUCUCUUUCUGGAGUUUGUGGUGUUUGAAUACAAACUGAAGAAUGCUGAAUUUAUUUACCAGGGUGGUAGCUGUCAUGUUGUUGUUGUAAGUUACUUUGUAGUGAAGUUCCUGGCAUCUGUUGCAGACAGGCGGAGACUUCCAGCUGUUAUUUUUGUCUUCUCUGUUCAGAAAGAAUGAUGCGAGUAUACAGUAAAACAGAAAAACAAUGAGAUAACAUCAGUUCUCUACAUUUAUAGCUAAGUCAACAAAAAGCUUGAUUUUAAACUAUACAAAAUCUGGGGGGUUUUCCUACAUGUGUGUAAAAUACAAGGUACUCUGCUGAAGUCUUCAUUUAAAAUUUAAGGAAGUUGUUAUUAAAAGCAGUGAAUUAAUAUUAAGUUUAUUUUUUUUUAGUCAGUUUAGUUGAUCUUUAUCAAAGAAUCAUGGAGAUUGGGAAAAGACCACUAAGAUCACCCAGUCCAACUGUCAGCCCACCCCCACCACCUCCACUGCCCACGUCCCUCAGUGCCACAUCCACACAGCUCUUGAACACCUCCAGGGACGGUGACUGCACCACCUCCCUGGGCAGCCUAUGCCUGUCUUUCAGAGAAGUGCUUCCUAAAAUCCAAGCUGAACCACCCUUGGCACAACUUGAGGCCAUCACCUCUUUUUCUGUCACUGUUACCUGGGAGAAGAGGCCAACCCCCCACCUCACCACAACCUCCAUUUGGGUGAUUGAAGAGAAUGAUGAGGUUUCCUCUGAGCCUCCUCUUCUCUAGACUAAGUUCCUUUAGCUGUUUCUCAUAAGACCUGUAGUCCAGACCCUCCACCAGCUUUGUUGCCCUUCUUUGAACUCAAGGCCAGUGCCUCUAUUUUUUUUUUUUGUAGUAAGGGGGCCUGAAACUGCAUACAGUAUUUGAGGUACAGUCCCACUGGUGCCCAGCACAGAAGGAUGAUCUCCUCCCUGCUCCUGCUGGCUGCACUGUUUCUGAUACAAGCCAGGAUGCUGCUGGCUUUCUUGGUCACCAGGGCACACUGCUGGCUCACAUUCAGCUGGCUGUUGACCAGUACACCCACAUUCUUCAUUCAGCUUGCCAGCCACUCUACCCCAAGCCUGUGACAUUGCAUGGGGUCAUGACCAAAGUGCAGGACCUGUCAUUUGGUCUUGUUGAACCUCAUACGGUUGGCCUCAGCCUAUCCAAAUCCCUCUGUAGAACCUUCCUAUCUUAAAGCAGGUUAUUCUCUAUAUUUGACACUUGUUAUAAAUAAAACUCUUUGGACAGAAUGGGGAUGUUUGAGAAAUUCUCUGUAGGAAAGCUGGAAUUUUGGUCAUUGUUCAGGGGGUGUUUGGGUGAGUGUUGGAGGUGAUGAUUGCUGCUGACACUAAAAUCUGCAGUGAGCUAGCAGGUGGUAUUUUAUUGUUUUAAGGCUUCAAAUGAUGUCUUGACAUCCACAUCUUAGUGCUAUUACUUUUGAUCAGUGAAGGAAUUUUCCUGUUGGAAUGGGAUUUCUGUUUAUCUUCUUUCUUUGCAACCCCGAGAGACUUGAUCGUUACGGCAUGUUGUGAAGCGUGGCCUGAUUGAUGUGAGAAAGAACUACUUGACUUGAGUGUUCUGUGUCAGUGUACACAAACUGUGUGCUUUGUUGUCCUUAGCAAAAUGGGAAUGUUUCUCCUCAGCAUCAAAUACUUGGGAGAGUGAUUGUGUCAACUCUUCUAGAAGUGGUUUGCUAGGAAGAUGUACAGCAGAAGGCACUUGCUGAUUUUUUAUUUUAAUCUGUUUGAGGUUUUUUUAUAUAAAAGUUAGAAUUAAUUCCACAUAAGUUAUAAUGCAGAUAUUCUAUAUUUGCAAAAUGCCAUACAAAACUUUCUUCGGGACUCUUUAGCUGGCUGAAUUUUGUAGACAUAGCUAAUCUUGAAGCAGUUCUUUCUUCCUGCUGUGGGUGUGCAGAACCCAGCUUAACUCUACACAUGUUUUUGUCAGCUUCAGUGACAACUUGAUGCUUUAGAGCUUCCUUCACCUCAGGCACAACACUUCCCUCAUUGACCACAGGAUGUUAAUUUGAAUGUGAGCUCUGCAUGUGUUGUACUGCUGAACAUGAAAGUCAGUCUGCCUUGUGCCAGGUCUUUGUGUGUGGAUGAGCAAUUUUCUUCUGGUAUAAUGUUCCCACUCUUAGACUAUCUAUUCCAAGAUAGUAUUAUCUAUUAUGUUCUGUCUGUAACUUAGCAACGGUAGUUCCUUAUAGCUUGACGUGGGACUCAGCCAUAGUGAUUAUCAUCUUUGGAAUAUAUGUAUACUAGUGUCAAAUGGAGGACACCUCAUGGUUUUCCUGAAGAUCUGCACUGGAGUGACUCUUGACUUCUUUCCCUAGCAGUGUCUCCUUCAGAGGAUUAACUAACUGGCCUGCCUCAUUCUGCCAUCAGCUAGGAGUUCAGGAGAAGUAACUUCUAAUUAUUGGAAAAAUAGAAGCAUGCUUUCCACUGAGGCUUAUGCUAACAUCUGUGAUACAGAAUGUCUCUAAGUGAGAAGAACAGCGUGGUUUUUGCAUACGAGUCUUCAGUACACAGUACCAAUGUACUUCUCAGUCUCGAUGAUCAGAGAAAGCAAGAUAUUCUUUGUGAUGUCACUAUUUUAGUGGAAGACCAGCGAUUUCGGGCUCACAAAGCUGUGCUUGCAGCUUGCAGUAGUUACUUCCUUUCAAGAAUUGUGGGCCAGUUGGAUGCUGAUCUUAUCAUCACUUUACCAGAAGAGGUAACACUUAAAGGAUUUAGUCCCUUGCUUCAGUUUGCAUACACAGCUAAGCUUAUUUUAAAUAAAGACAACGUGUCUGAAGUUUGCAAGUGUGCUGAAUUCUUGGGCGUACGGAACAUUGAAGAGUCUUGCUUUCAGUUUCUCAAAUUCAAAUUUUUGGACUGUAAAUCAGAUCAAGAGUGUCCUAGGAAGAAAUGCUGCACGCAGCAUUGCAGGAAAGUAAACCCUAAGAUUAGCAGCGUGGAUGAUGGAGACUUAGAAAUAGAUGAUGAAGCAGAAGAACUUAUAGAAAAAGAGUAUAUUCAAACCUCUCACACAAAGCUCUGUAAAGAUGAUGAAAAUGCUAAAGCAUCACCUGCCCUUCAAGAUAAUACCAACCCAACCUCAGAUCCUAUGCAUUUAGAAAAAGGCAAUGUUUCCAGCUCAUCUUCCCAGUGCCCCAAGUAUAGGAAAUUCCAGAAAGCUUUCGGAAAUGACAAAGUUCAUACUUCAGAUUCCAGUUCCAGUACUAAAGACAUUCAGGUGCCACCAACUGUAACUUUUAUCGAGAAAGAAAUACCUGAUAAUGACAGCACACCAAAAGCUCAGGAGUGUGUACCUAUGCAGCUGGUCUCACAGUGUGAAGAGGCUCAGGUGAAAAUGGAAGAAGGGGAGGAAGACAUCGAGAAAAAAGAAGAAUCAAAGAGAGAUUCUGUGACUGAAAGCAUCUCGUGUCCUGUGGAGAAGAUGGAUGUUGCUGCUUUCCCUCAAAACGCUGCUGCGCCUCAUGGACUUAAUUCCGUGUCUUUUUUACGUACUUGUGAGCAAUAUGGUAACUUAAAUUUCAGUAGUAUGCAAAGCACCACAAUCUUAUCUGAAAAAACUGCAACAGGUACUGGAGCUGAAAGUGACAAAAUCGAAAGUCACGACAAUGCAACUUUAAAGGUUGAUUUGUGUGCUAGGGAAGCCAUUAACAUUACAUCAACUGGUGAUCGAAGCAGUGUGGAGAGAGAGGUAGCAGAGCAUCUAGCAAAAGGGUUCUGGAGCGAUAUUUACAGUACAGAAGCCUGUCAAAUCCAUUUGCCAUCUGCAGUGCCAAAAGAACGCUUGGAGCCUGCAUAUUCGGGGAAGAAAUCAGAGUGUCCGUGGCUGGGUAUCAGGAUCAGUGAAAGUCCUGAGCCUUGCUCUCAAAGAACUUUUACGACAUUGAGUUCUGUCAAGUGCCCCUUCAUAAGCAAUCUCAGUACUGAAGGAUGCUCCAACAGCUCUGAAAUAAGCAGUGGAGAUUAUGUUCAAGGGCAGCAGCAAGAACAGUGUCCCUAUAAUUAUGUGAUAAGUUUGGGGGAGGAUUCAGAAACCGAUACCGAGGGAGACAGUGAAUCCUGUUCAGCUAGAGAACAGGAAUGUGAGGUAAAACUGCCAUUUAAUGCUCAAAGGAUUAUCUCCCUUUCCAGAAAUGACUUCCAGUCAUUUCUGAAGAUGCAUAAAUUAACCCCUGAGCAGUUGGACUGUAUCCAUGAUAUCCGCAGACGAAGUAAGAAUAGAAUUGCAGCGCAGCGAUGUCGUAAGAGAAAACUUGACUGCAUACAAAACCUUGAAUCCGAAAUUGAGAAACUGCAAAAUGAGAAAGAAAACUUGCUGAAGGAGAGAAACCUCAUUUUGUCAACUCUGGGCGAGACAAAGCAGAAUCUGACCGGUCUUUGCCAGCAGGUGUGUAAGGAAGCAGCCUUGAGUAAUGAGCAAAUACAAAUACUUGCAAAAUAUUCUUCCUCAGAUUGUCCACUUUACUUUUCAUUCCCGGAGAGAGAACGAACAGCUCCAUCUGAGGGCGAGCUCACAGCACCAACGACUGCAGAGUUAGUAGAUGGUCUUUUGAGUGUUACACCUACAGAGGAGCAGAGUUCUUGUUAUCAGCGUGUGAAAGGUGUGUGUGAUGCAACAUAUGAUCAAGUACAAGAACUACAUCCAGUUCCUGUAAGAACAUUGGAAAAAACUUCACUUGUGGAACAGUGUGGACAGAGUGGUGCUAUCACAGACUUCUGUCAGCAAAUGACUGAUAAAUGCACUACAGAUGAGUAAAUCUAUCCUCUUCCUGUUGCCAGCUUCUCAGCAUUGCAAUUUAAAAUGAAAUUGAGCGUUAUCGUGCAGCAAUUUACUAAGUGAAAGGAAAGAUGAAUAUUUCUUUUAAAACUGUAUGGAGAAUUACACAGCCAUUAUUUGCAAGCUCUGGUUUGCUCUGUGUACUUCUAAAGUGUAAUUUGUACGUGUCAGCCUUGGAGGUUUUUUCUGCGUGGUGAUGGUAAGGAAUGUUCAAGUAAGUUGUUUGAAAAUAUAAAUGUUGUACACAGAUGUUGAUUUGUGAGGAAGUUUGCAUUCAGAUAUAAGUAGCCUUCACUCUGGUUUAUGCCACAGUACCUAAUGCCGCUCUACAUCUCAAGUAAACGUUCCUGACAGGUGUUCAUCAUAAUGACUUCUAUACAUGGAGUGCUUUUCUCUUUACGAUAGUUUUUUGUUCUCUCUCUGUCAGACAAACCGUAGGAAGCAUAUAUAUAUAGCUUUGUAAAUGUUUGUUUUUUAGAUGAGUUAAGAUAACAUGACAGUUUGAGGAGAUUCUGGCAGAUGCGCUCUAGAACAACUCAUUGCUUCCUGCUGUUCCCAUCCCUGUUACCAGAGCCAGCUUCUGUUGAAUAUUUGUCUUAGCUCUCCCAUGUAUAGUUCAGAUGACUGGAAAAGCAAAGGUGCUGCAGCAUACUGCUCUCUUCUCUGGUUUUUGUGUGAGAAAUAACGUAGUACAAAAGGCAGAAAUUUGAUAAAAAUCUGUUGUUUUUACAGCAUGCAUUGGAUCCUCUGGCAUCUGAAUCCCAGGUGCUUGUUGAAAUUCCUUGAUGUACAAUGACGUUCUAUCCUAGCACCUAUUGACCUUAUUGCUAUUUGUGAUAAAUUGGAAUCAAAGUCUUGUGAAAGAUUAAGGACAGUUGUUGUUAUUGAGGUAGUCAGGCACAAAUUCUUCAUAACCUGAGUGUCUGAUUACAUUUUAAGUAAUCUGUUUUUGUUCUCUGAUCACUGGGACCAGUAAAGAUCUACUUCAGAAUUUUAAUUCUCAGAAUACAUUUAUGGCGAAACCUGUAGUGCAUUUUCAAUGGCUUAUGUGACAAGUAUAAAUGUAUAAAAAGUAUAAUGGAAAAGAGCUGUAAAGAUGACUUUCACUUCAUUUGUGAAGGAGAAAUUCAGCCACUAAGAUAAAAGAAACUUAAAGUAAUCCCUCUCUUAUUUAAGAUUUUUAUGUGGAAGUAGAUGCAUAUUGUAUACUGAUGAUUCUUUGUUACUUAAAUGUUAUUCUCACACCAGAACUAAGUAUUGAACCUCACCACAGAAAACUUUGAUUUUGCUGGUUUACAAAACAUGAAGAAUCUUUUACAAGCCAGUGGAAUUCUUCAUUUCCUACCUCAGAAUGUGUAUUAGCUGUUUGUGUCUUUGUGUGCAUGUAUAGUAGGCAGCAGCUAGAGCGAAGGACUAUUGUAAAUACUGCUUUGCAGUUUUGUCUUGCAGUGAGACAAAACUUGCUAAAGAAACUUCUUGGCAAUUUUUUUUUCUUCUUACUAGGUAACAUAGCAUUAAUAAGUAUAUUAAGACUAUCAGGCCACUUAUUUAAAACAAAAAUGAAAAUUGAUGAGUUUUGGCUGUACUUCUCUUAACCAGCACCUAAUACAAGUGACUACACUACCUCACCUGUGGGAUUGAAGGUUAAUUCAAAUCUCUAGUAAUAUCUUUGGAUUUUCAUUAUAUAUCCUUACUUUAAGGGGAAAAUUUAUGUUAAUGGAGCAUAGCUUGUAUAAAUCACAGUGCUUGCGGUGAUUGAAAUUCAGAAAUAAGUACUUUAUUGUGGACAUCAUGAAACUUACUACUUCAGAAAAACUCAGAUAAUUGAAUUGAAAUUCUUUUAAAUGAACAGCAUUUACAUAUGUUGAUCCUGUAUGUGCUUUACUCAUGAAGCUCUGUGUGUCUGUUCUCCAGUAUCUGUUUAUCUCUGAUUAAUUUAAUACUGCCUCCCUCAUGUGCUGCCAUCACGGGCAGUAUAUUAAGUGUCUGUUUUUCUUGUUGGUUUGCUUUAUAAGUAAUAUUAAAAGCAGAGUCCCAAACCUUCUACUGUCCAUACAUAACAUCACUUUUUAAAGUUGGUGAUAUUCUGAAAUGACACGGAUAAUGACAUUAAAGCAUUAUCCUAUAAUACGUGUACUUUAAAAUGGGAUUUCUUGGGUUAGAUCUAUUUGUUAUGAAUUGAGUGUGUAUAUAGACAAUGACUGGCUGGGAAUAUAAAGGAGUCCAGUGGCCCUAACCCCUGAUUGACCUGGCUGUGGAUGAAAUGAGGUCCGUGAUGACCAAGUCCCAGAAGGUAGAGUAUCCACCAAAAAGAGUUGUGCUCCAUUGCCACGGUCUGAUCAGCCAUGGCUGAAUUCCAUCUAGCAAACGUUGUGGGGCUUCCAGUGUGGAAGCAGUGGCUGUUAUUUCAUGUCUGGUUAUGAUAAAAUUAAUGUAAUGUAUUUAAUCCUAUGAUGAAGUUCAAGGGUAGGCUUUUGCUUAACCAGCUGUAUCUAAAUUUGUAAAAUAUUUAUUUAAUACACUAGACACACAAGUUGCAUGUUGACUUCUAUAGGCUAUACCAUCAACUUGCAGAAGUUAAAAAUGAAUGACAGUUUUCUGAUACUGAUUCUCAGGUAAAUGUUUUGGAGUUUUUUUUUUCCAGUAAAGAAAUAGUCAAUUUUGAAAUUGUAAAAUACUUUGUUAAAGCAUGUUUUAAAGUACUUUGGACAGAAUAUCUUAAAGCCAUAAGGGUAUGAUGGCAUACAGAUUGUAAAAUAAACAGAUAAUUACAACAGUUGAUUUUGUAUCUUUCAUAAUUCAGUAUUUUCUAAGACUACAAUAAAAACCACUAUCCUUUCUACAAA